GGCCCAACUGUUCCGUGCUGUCGUUCGGCAUCAGCUUCGACUUCAGCUUCGACGUCGGCAUGGAGGACCUGGACUGCACCGUCCACGCCUUUGACCCCACCAUGGGCUUCACCGGCUUCCGGACGUCGGAGAGCAUCCACUUCCACGGCGUCGGGAUCGGGGCGCAGGACGACUUCGGCGCCCGCUUCCCAGUCGCCAGCCUGGCUACCAUCAUUCAGCUGAUCCCGCUGCAGCAGGACAUCAUCGACUACGUGAAGCUGGACAUAGAGUGCAACGAGUGGGACGUGCUGCAGCAGCAGCUGACCUCCUCCGGGGACCUGCGGCGCGUGCGGCAGCUCACAAUCGAGUUUCACCUGUGGCAGUGGAAGCCGCAGCUGGACACUGAGGAGGGUUUGGCCCCCGAAGCUAGCAAUGUGACGGUGACGGCGGAGAACGCCGCCCGAUUCGUGACCGUACUGACCUCGCUGUGGGAAGCAGGCUUCAAGCUGGUGUACUCCGCACCGUACGGUCGGUGUUUUAGCUACAGCACAGGGUGCUUACCGUUUUUAUUCGAGACGCUCUGGAUAAAUGCAAACAUCAGCUAGUUUUCCAGGAUCAUUUUCAAGUGGCAUGCGCAUCACAUUUGUGGUGAAUUAAUUACUGAGCCGUGUAUAUUUUUCCAACUUUUGAUUCUCGAGUGGAUUACUGAAGGUGGUCAUGUGGUUCAUGAUCAUGAAUCAUGUGGUUCGAAGAAAGAUUUGGGUAUAUAUUCCGGACUGUAUGGAGCUUCACCUGACAUGAUAUUGGCGCUUACUCUUA